AUGAAAUGGUUGUUACGCCGACGCAGCGGACCAGCGGCCGCUCUUCGGCACGAGCACCUCUCCCGCUCUUCAAGUAUGGGAGAGAGCGAGGGUGCAAUGCUUCGCGAUAGGCCAUGGUGGUGCUCUCGGUUUGUCCGAGGUGCAUUGCUCCUCACAGUUUCAGGCAGUAAUGCUCAAGGCUUCAUGAUGGCACCGAACGCAGGAUCCUUCUUUGCGGCUACCUCAGGUUUACAUCGUGCGGCGAGUGUUUUGAAGUCGCUGCAGCCCUCAGCAACAAGAAUAACGGAAUCACGCGAAAACGCGUUGAGCGCGGUUUCCGUGGGGAAGGAAAUCGAUCCCGUGUACGGAGGAGAAAAGGCGGCCACCGAGGUUGUGGUCGUCGGGGCCGGGGUAGGGGGGCUGGCGACGGCCGCGCGUCUGGCGAAGGCCGGCUGUAGGGUGACCGUGGUGGAGAAGAAUAGUGAAGAAGACAUUGGGGGGAGGUUAAACGAGCUAUUGAUGGAAGGAGGAUUUCGCUUCGACACCGGACCAAGCCUUCUUCUCCUGCCUGAGACCUACCGGGAGACCUUCGCAGCACUCGGCCGCGACUCGGAUGAUUUCUUCGAGAUGAGGAGAGUGUCGCCGACCUACAAGGUGUACUUCGACGAUGGAGAGUCGGUGGACCUCAGCGACGACGAAGGAGAGCUGCGGCGUCAGAUGGACAGGCUAGAGGACGACGGCUUCGACAAGUACAAAGCUUAUCUCGAUAGUGCCCAGCUGAAUCUGGAGGUGGGGCUGCCAAACUUCAUCGAAGAGAAGUUUACCCCCGGGCGUCUUCCAGAGUUUGCCUUGGGCGCGCUGUUCAACUCUCCCCUGGAGAACCACUACGGGCAGCUUCGCCGGCGCUUUGACAGUCCCAAGAUGAGGGCUCUUCUAAGCUUUCAAGACCUCUACGUCGGGCUUUCUCCAUACAAUGCCCCGGCAGUGUUCUCACUUCUGCAGGCGAUCGAGCUGCGCGACGGGGUAUACUACCCGAUGGGGGGCUUUGCCAGGGUGGGAGAGGCGCUGGGAACAGUCUGCAGGGACCUUGGAGUAAAGUUUCGGUUCGACUCCCCUGUGUCGGAGGUAUCGGUGGUGGGAGAAGGCGGGAGGGUUAACAGCAAGGGCGUGGUUCUCGCGUCCGGGGAGGUGCUGGAGGCAGACGCGGUCGUGUGUAAUGCUGAUCUCCCCUACGCCGAGGAGGCUCUCUUGCCAGCCAGCGUGUCGCGCUCUUUCGAGAACUCGGAAUACUCUACGAGUGUCAUCGCGUUCUAUCUCUGCAGCAACAGGAGAUGGCCGCAGCUGUCGCACCACACCGUCUUUCUCUCGACCGAUUGGAAGGCGAGCUGGGACUCUGCCUUCGGAAAGCUCCCCGGGGGAGAGCUUGGCGAGAGCUUCAACUUUUACGCGGCAGCGCCCGCUCGCACGGACCCUUCCGUGUGUCCAGAGGAGAGCGACGCCAUCAUGAUUCUCGUUCCAUGCCCAAGCAUACCGGACGACUACACGGGGGAAAUCGAUGACGGUGCCAGCGCCAGCGCCCGCGCCACAAGAAACGGAGGGGGCCCAGACAGGGAGGACUGGGUACGGCGAGCAAGAGAGGGCGUGAUCCGCGAGAUGGAGGCGUCUGCGGGGAUGGAGGGGUUCGGGGACAGUAUCGUCGGCGAGGAGGUGUACGCACCCUGGAACUGGCGAGAUCGGUAUAACCUGCGACGGGGCGCAGUAUUCGGCCUGUCGCACGGGCUGAAUCAGCUGUCCCUUCUCCGGCCUGGUCCCCAGCACCCAACGGUCAACGGCCUCUGGUUUUGCGGAGCGUCGAGCCGGCCCGGGAACGGGGUGCCUCUCGUGUUGAUUGGCGCGAAACAGGUGGCGGCAAAUGUUCUCAAGGUCGUGGAGGGGGGAAACACCUAGCAGACCUAUUUGUUUGUUGACGGUCCGGCGUGAUUGUCAUCUGGGGCACUCAUUGCAUACCCUUCCCCCCCUGUUCUGACGGGUUGAGAUAACUACCAUCGAACACGCGAAAAUCGUUCUUUUGGAGCGGGAGAAGGGCUGUUUUGUUUUCGUUGACACUCGUCUUGGCGAUUGCUGCCGAACGCACGCCCCCAUGUCCACGAGUGCGACUCGAUACUCGUGGACCAAGUGGACGUUGCUUUGUGUCAAGAGUGGGCCUUCACGCGGUUCCCACCAGAGGGGACGAAUAGCCUGAAGUUCCUGUAUCUUGGAUACGUGGGAGGACGCGUUUUAAUCAUGUUGACAAUGUCCUCGAGGAGGAAAGCUGCUGAACCGCGUGCGACGAGUGAGUGCGCUGGGGGAAGCACGGACAGAGCUACCAGGAGAAAGGAUUACAUUCAGCCCUCGGGUGGCUUUGAUAAGUUGGUCAGCGCUUUUUCCGG